AGAGAAUACCGCAGCACAGUAAAGGAGAAGCCGAUGACCAGAGGCUUUGGAAGUAGAAGAGAGACAUGGAAGUAGAGGCAACUGAGUAGAGUCCGAGUAGUCGCACCAACUGAGUAGAAAGAGUACUAGAGGACUACCUGCUGAGAACAAAGGAUUUUUAUGACUUUUCCAGAAAAACUAGACUGCCAAACAAGGAAAAGAAAUCCGCAGAGUGGGACGCAAAUCGCGAAUCAAAACGACACCUUACCAUAUUUGAAAACACAAAGCUGCUAUUUUUAG